UCAGUAAGAAUUAAGGUAUCUCUACAACAAAAGUCGUGGUGGAAGAGAAUGAUAUAUUUAAUGAUAAUGUAUCCGGGAGUAAUAUAUUACGGGCUUACCAUCCUAUAUCUAAUGUUUACUUCUCUUUUAGAGUGAUGCAUUGAGAUGGGCAACAUUGAGCGGUCAUCAGAAGCUUGUAACUCUGUUGUUGGAGCACGGAGCGGAUCCAAAUAAGGACGAUGCCUUGGAAUCGGCGGCAAUAGGUGGUCAUAAGGACGCUGUUGAAAUGCUGCUGGAGAAGGGAGCGAGCCCCAAGCAGUCAAGUGCUUUGAAGGAAGCUGCAAAAUUUGGCCAUACAGACAUUGUUGGAUUGCUUCUGGAAAGGGGAGCAGAUCCGGAUGUGCUGGAGACCGGGGGUGCGAAGCCAAAGUUGAAGAAAAAUGUCGCUGAAGUAAUUGAAAAGAAACAAGAUCAAAUACGACAGCAACAACAGGAAUUUACGGAGGGAAUAAUGGGGAAUAUUGAAAAUCCCUGUAAUAUCACAAUAACUGUCGUUGGUCAUAAGGGAGUCGGCAAGUCUUGUUUCGUAAAACAAAUCGAACAAGAAAGUAUACCUCCAGGUGGACCCGGCUCGACGGAUAGUGCCGACUUCUAUAUUAACUAUAUAGGCUACAACCCGAACACCGGCUUCCGACUGAAACUCGACGAAAAUGGGGAGAUGGAUACCGGUCGUCAUCGGCUGAAACGGAUCAUUGAUCGAUACCGAAAAAGGAAAAAGAAUGACACAAGACAGCCUGAAUGUGAACCAGUGCAUCACACAAAAGGCACAAAGGGACAAUCAACUAUGGUUACAUCCACAUCAUCGUCGGCAGUGAAGAAGACAGGUAUCAGGCAGAGACUGAAACGAAUAAUUCAGGAUUUUUUAUUCAGAAGAAGACACCAUAGAAAGUUAUCUUCGGAUCAACGGAACGUUAUUGAGGAUAUUAUGCAUGCCGAACACAAAGAAAGUAGUGAGGAGGUGAAGGGGUUUGUAACAAUCUAUGAUUUCGGAGGAGAAGAGGUGUUUUAUAACACACAUCAUUGUUUCAUGUCAAGCAACAUGAUUUUCGUCUUAGUGUUCGAUGUGGCGAUGUGUCUGGAUCCGGAAAGAUCAGCUACAGGUUACGAAAUAACGGAACAUUGGUUGACUUCUAUUGCUACUUACGCCUUUGACGGAGGAUCACAUGACAAGCGAACACCACCGAUAAUUCUAGUCGGCUCCCACCUGGACCAAGUGUCAUCUGAUAAAGAAGAACAGGAAAAAAUCUUUGAAAAAGUGCUGCAGAAACUAUCCGAUAAUCCGCAACUAAGUGAAAUCAUGAAAAGCCAUGUUCGAGACAUGUUCCCUAUUGCAAACUUGAAUGAUUCUACAAAAAACCAAGAUGUGUACGAAUCAAUGUGGAAGAAGAUCAUAGAAAUCGCUCCACUUCAAUCCCAGUGGCAGAAAGCUGUGCCUGCCAAAUGGGUUGCUUUUGAACAUGAUCUUGUCAUGCUUAAAAAGAGAGGAGACGUCAUCCUGACCAAUCCAGAUUUGUUAACACUCAACAGCCAAUCAGCAGUCCCCCUAGAACAGCGCGAAAUAAUGGAUUUCCUUAGGUACCUGAAACUCGCCGGGUCUUUUCUCUGCUUUGAUAUGCAUAGCAAGAAUCCAUUCAUAGUUUUGCAACCGCAGUGGAUUAUAGAUGCAUUCAAAGCCAUCAUUACAGACUCGAAGUUUAAAUCUAGUCUGUCGACCAAAAUGAAACACCAGUGGACGCAAUAUGAAAAGUCCGGUAUCCUUACAACAGAUUUCCUCACGCAACUUUGGGAAGAGAGGUCCAUCGAAAACAAGGAAAUACUCUACGUCGUAAUGGAAACACUUAACCUUCUAGCAAAACCGAUCUCAGAUGAUCCAAAUGAUGAUACUGAUUACUUUAUAGUGCCAAGUAUGCUUAAAAACCCGGAUCCCGAGAGAAUUAAUUACAUCCUUGAUGAUCCUGAUAUGAUUAUCACUGUUACUCUUUGUCUCAAGUUCAACAACCCAUUUAUCCCACUGGCCAUGUGGGACAAGAUGAUUGCUUCCUGCAUCCACAGGUUCAAACAACUAAAUGAACCAGGGUAUGAUGGCUUAAAGUUCAUUCAGCGCGGCUUUGCUUGUCUGUCUGUUGACAGUGUAUGGAACAUGAUCAUCAACUGCAGUAAAAAUACCAUGAAGUUGACAAUGUUUAUGAAAAAUAAGGAUAAAACGGCCCCAACAGGAGCCGGAGUUAAUGUACUCUGCAUUCUUGAGUUUCUUCUCCAGCGUAUUCUAGAAGCAAACCAUCAAAGCCACCUGAAAUACCAAUUCUACCUUCACAACGACUACCGGUUUGCUUCCAAUGACGAGAUGGUGAGCGUAGACCAUCUUCGAAAUUACAAAUGCCUCCCAUGCUUCAGUUUAAAUGGGGAAGGAUGGAUAUACAGAGAUGAGAUCUACGUCUGGUUCAAAGACCCAAACCAUAAGAAGAAACGGCCUGCAAAACGUCAUGGUGAGUUGACGGCUGAUUUACCGGAUAGAAAGCUGAACUGCAAAGAAAUCGGUAGACUCUCCAGAUAUAUUUUCGGUGCAUGCCAGAUGUUCUUCGUAGAGCUAGACUGUCCUAUUGAGGUUAUUGAACAAGAGAUGGAAGAACACAGACAUCUCGCUUUCAGAUCUCGGAUAACAAAAAUCUUCCUUCAGCUACUUAAAGCGAAGGUGGACAUCACGUUUGAGACUGUGGCCGAGGCAAUGUCACGACAUAGGAUGGAUCACACAAAGCUCACACACAUUAUUGAUAGUAACAGGGAAACCGAGUAUGAGUAUGAAGAUGAUAGACUCUCAGAUCGAUGGCUACACAAAACCAUGUCGGUGAAGGAUGUUCCAGUUGUUGUUGAACAUGUGGAUAUCAAAACAUACUUCAACCUGUUCCUGGAACUCGGAGUCCUGCCAAAAACUGUGGAUGAUUUUGAUGACCAGUACAGAAACAAGCCAGCACGUGACAAGAUCAAAAACAUGCUUAAAGCAUUCAUCACUGAAACCAAACCCCGGCCAACAAUGAACACAAUUUUGCUGGCAAUGCAGGAAUGCGACAUGGACACAGCAUCCCUCAUCACAGCAUUAAAUCCAAUAUAGAAAUCCGAAGACAUAAUGUGUACCAGUGAGAUUUUACCGUGUCAGUAGAUGUGCAAUAUAAUAGACAAACACAAGACACUAAUAAGUGGACUAUCACUUUACUGUAAAUGAAUGUGUGUACAGACACAGAUUUCUGAUCAUCGCAGUUACCGAAAUCCCACAGAUGAACAGAUAAAAAAAAAAGUUGACUAAAUUUGCUAAGUAAAACAACACAAACUUUGAUAUCACCAAAGACACACAUUUUAGUUGAUCAUUUUGCUACAGUUUAAAAAAUAUCGAAGUCAUAGCUACAUACCUUGAAAUUGUAAUGUGAACUGUCGAAUAUUUGUGGUUGAUGUGAAUCCAGGCUGCUAAGUAGGGUAUAUGUUUUGCUGUGACACAAUAACGUAUCAACAGUAUAUUGUUUUGUGAAGAAAAAAUACCCUUACUUGGAAUAAUGUGUUGAAUGAAAACAAUUUAUGUAGAUACAAUGUAUAUUGUAAAAAUGUUUAUCUUGUUUAUAUGAGUUUUUUUGGCAGUAUUUAAUUAUUAUUGUAAAAACAACUAAAAACCGUCCGGUUUAUUUGUAUGAAAAUGACCCUUGUUAAUGAAGGAAAUGUCAGUGAACAUUGAUCUAUCAAUCAAAUGUUUUUAUAUUCAUAAUUUAAGCACCGAUCAUAUGAUUGAGUCUCAGACCCUAGAUUUCAAUAUUGAGCAUCGUCAGUGCUAUAAGGCGUACAAGAUCAUCUCUGGCUGAGCAUCAGACCCUAGAUUUCAAUAUUGAGCAUCGUCAGUGCUAUAAGGCGUACAAGAUCAUCUCUGGCUGAGCAUCAGACCCUAGAUUUCAAUAUUGAGCAUCGCCAGUGUUAUCAGGUGUAUCAGACCAUCUCUGGCUGAGCGUCAGACAUGAUCGAGUCUCAUACCCUAGAUUUUUCAAUAUUGAGCAUUGUCAGUGCUAUAAGGCGUAUCAGACCCUAGAUUUCAACAUUGAGCAUUGCCAGUGCUAUCAGGCUUAUAAGACCAUCUCUGGCUGAGCAUCAGGCUAUUGAGUAAAAUAACUAUAGGAAAAAAACAUGAUAGCCGUCUUGUUUUAUACUGAUUUAUUUACUCUCGUAAGUUUGCCGUUUAGAAUUAUGUUUAUAUAGAGAUAAUGGUUAGCAUUAUGUUUGUUUAUUUAGAGAUUAUGUUAAGAGCUGUGUUUACAUAAAGAUAAUGUUAAACAUUAUGUUUCAAUAGAUAUAAGGUUAAUCAUACUAUUUAUAUAGAUAUGUGUGUAUACAGCUAUAUGUUUCUUCUAUGUAUAAAUGGUGUUGUUGUAUUACUCGCUAAAACAGCUGAUUAUGAUUACGUUUAUAUAAUAGAGCGAUCUUUAUAUGUAUUUUUUCACUGGUUAGCUAAGGCAGCUGUAGUUGAUCAAUAAUCUUUCCGGCUCUCAAAUUUCGGGUCAUACAAGGAUGUACAAAACGUUUCAGAAAGUAACACGGCCACGUCACUGAACAAUAAUGUUUAUUAUGAGUAUCAAUCACUCAAUUUCCCUGAAACAUGACAUUUUUUUAUAAGAUCAGUCUGUACAAUUUGUUAAUUGGAGAAAGUCAAUUCAUGGUUUGUGUUAAAUAUCUGUAGUAUAAAUAGUUUUGGAAUUUAAACAUUCUUGAACGAUUCUUUUUCAGUAGAAAGUGUUUAACGAAAAUGAACGUGUUUUUAUAUAAUUCAUCUAGAUUGAAAUAUGUGGACGAAGAAUACAUAUAAAGUAAUACAUGAACAUUAUAUGUGUUGGUGUAGACAUUGUGUAUUUUGUUUCAUAAGUUACAUUAUUAGACAAUAACGUAACAAUUAGUGACUGAUAGGCUGUAUGGCGGAAAGUAAUAAAAGAAUUUUAAUUAUCUUUAGUCCAGCAUUAUAAUUUCUCAAUCACACAUAAGUAUGUUGUUAUAGUAAACACCAAUUUCUCAUUUUGAUCACGGAAGAGUUAGUUAUUUUUGUUUUACUUAUCUUUAACAUUGAUAAUAAUGAGGUUAAAUGUAUUACUUACACCAGAUUGAGAAAAUUCUCUCAUUUGAGCUUCAAGUACCAUUAUGUACACAUGUAUUCAGGGGAAGUAUUUGUAAUAACGAUUAAAAAUGUAACACUUUGUAUCUGAUAUAUUUUAAUCAUAAUUUUUAAUCGGUAACAAAAAUUUCAAAAUUAAAGCUACUAAUAUGUUUAUAAAUUUAUUAACUCUAUUCAAUAGGAUUCUUCCGAGAUCAAUAAAAUCUUGAACUUGUGAGUAAAUACGAUUUUAUAUUGUGAUCACCUGUAUAAUCAGGGACGUCUAUAUAUAUGUCCCUGGUAUAAUCUAACACAGAUGUUACAUUAUUAACUUUACUCACUAAAACAUAGACAACGUCUUAUACAUGAUUUUCAAAUCUCGAUUACGGUCAGCAGUGCUUGCUCACUAAAUAUGAAAGAUGGCGGUAUCAUUAUAUUUAAGAUUCAUUACUAUUGAGAGA